UUAGUAAAAACGUUGCUGACACGGUUACAUAUGACCUCACGCAACGGGUGGUCGAUAUUACUGAUAUUAUCUGUGUUAGCGUGAUUUAGUCGCAUGUCAGUGUUGACUGACUUCGUAUCAAUAGAAAAAAUGUGAAACCAACAAUGAAGGUUUACCCCGAAACUUCUACGAAAAAUAGUCGACUGCGGUCUAAAAGCUCUGAUGGAGGUGGGCUAUCGUUGUUGGCCACUAGUCUUCGUCAUCAGACGACUGAGUUCUUCAACAACUCUACCUUGCAUGGCGUCCGUUACAUCGCGGAGAAAGAACGACCUUUCUGUGAAAAGUUCAUGUGGUUUAGUUUUACCGCAGUAGGAGCUGUCACCACUUGUAUCAUCAUUGUCAGCUUGUGGGAGAAGUUUCAAACAAAUCCUACCAUUACCGGUUUGGACACAGACUUCCAUAACUGGGACGUUCCGUUUCCAGCUGUUACGAUAUGUGAUAUGAACCCUGUCGACGAUGAAUUAUUACAAGAGUAUAUCGAACGCACGUGGGGGUCAAACCCGCCGGCUCGAGCAGCAGACAUGUUGCGAUGGCUGACCACACUCAGCUACCAGUCCAUUGCUGAGCAAGCACCAGAAUUCGUGACAGACAAUGACUUAUUGGCGGUUGGUGAGAACGAAGCUGGUGAACCCAAGUUGAAUCCUAGAGACGCGGUUUUUAGCAUUGUUCGCCGCUGUGAGACUUUGUUCUACGAUUGCGAAUGGAAAGGGGAUUCGGAAGAAUGUUGUGAUUUAUUAGUGCCUGUCUUCACAGAGAUGGGGUUUUGUUACGCUUUCAAUUCACGUCAUGCCGAAAAGACGUGGCCAUGGCAGUCUGAAACACAGAUCGAGGCAUUCACAGAAGCGUUUAUUCAUGAAACAGACGCGAAGUGGUCGUUCAUGUUUAAUUCAUACCGCAACGAUACGAUUAUCGACAUCUAUAUUCAUUCGACGGAGGAAAUGGCAGGACUAGAGUUGAGUGCACAACAUUCGUGGGACCGCCGCGUGGAGAAAGUCUCAUUUUCCGUGAAGCACACGUACACUACAGAGGACGCUCGUCAACUGUCUAUUCGUCAAAGGAGAUGUGUAUUUGCGGAUGAACUGCCUCUAGAAACGUCCAACAUUUAUACGUAUUCCGCUUGUAUGCGCCAGUGUCGUAUGCAGAGGAGCAGGUCCUUUUGCAAAUGUGUGCCACAUUUCUAUCCGGUGAAGGAGACUGCUUUGUUUGACUGUUGGAAUGUUGCAGCCGGUUACAGGGUGUGCACUUUAAGCGAGCUAGAAUGCAUAGCGAAGUACGAGGCCGCUAUCACUGACGUUACCAAGUGUACCUGCGAGCUCGGCUGCUCGCAUACAGUCUACGAAGUCGAGAAACUCACCGAGAUUGAUACGGGGAAAGGCAGUGGUGCAACAACGUCUCUCGAAACUGAAUUCGUGUCGUGGCCUAUGGUCCGAUACAAACGUGAGGUGCUCUUCGGCUGGGUGGAUCUACUGGUCUCCUUCGGUGGCAUAGCGGGUCUUUUCCUGGGCUUCUCUCUGCUAUCGGGCGUGGAGUUGGUGUACUACUUUACACUGAGAGCGUGCUGUGCCGCGGCCCGUGAUGGUAACAUGUUGAGGCAGGAAAGGGCCCAGAGGCUUGCUCAGCCUAAACCGCCGCAUGAUCUUAGUCUCGUGCCUUGGUGGAGGCAGCCUCCCGCGCCGCGCAGCGCCCGGCCCCUCGUCGUGCGAGCUAAGGACUCACAACCACCACAGUAUUCACCGCCUCCAGGGUACAAUACAUAUCUCCCCUGAACGUUUCCCAAUCAAACCUUACAUCAUAUUUCUAAUGAAUAAUAAAACAAACUUUC